AUAUAUGGAUACAUAUACACAUGUAUAUGUAUCCAUAUAUAUGUAUACAUGUAACUUAAUAAACGUUAUCUCUGGUCUUUUUUCACAGAAAAAAACAGGAAGAAGAAAAAAGGGAAGACACUUUUGUCCUGAAACUUUUUUUUCUUCCUCAUUGCCAUCAAACAUCACCAACACCUGAGAUCAAACACUCGUCUUUUCUUUGAAAUCAUGUUCAAUAAUUCCACGACCACAGUCCCUGGUCCUGGUGCUGGUUCUGGUCCUGGAGGUUGUCCACCUGUAGGUAUACAGCUGGAGGGCGUGAUCCUGCCGCCGGUUCUCACCAUCGACGUGGUGCUGGGCCUUCUGGGUAACGUGGUGGCUCUGUGGAUCUUCUGCUUCAAACUGAAGACCUGGAACCCCAACAACCUGUUCCUCUUCAACCUGCUCAUCGCAGACUUCUUUGCCCUGGUCAGCCUCCCUCUGAGGAUCGAUGCCUUGCUCAGGGGUCACUGGGUGUUUGGAGACGGUCUGUGCCGGAUCAACCUGUUCCUGAUGUUCUCAAAUCGCUCGGCCAGCAUCGCACUCAUGACGGUGGUGGCAGUUUACCGAUACUUUAAGGUCGUGCACCCUCACCACCGUGUGACGCGGCUGCGGCGACGCCAGGCCGCGUGUGUGCUGGCGCUGGUGUGGCUGCUGGUCGCCGCCCCUCGUCUGCCCAUGUUGGCCUUCAGUCACAUCAAAGGCAGCGGUAACAGAACCCAGUGCUUCUUCUUCACAUCGUACAAAGAGGCGUCGCGCGCCCUCGUCGUGCUGGUGGGCAUGCACCGCGUCCUCACGGUGCUGGAGUUUGUGGCGCCGCUGGUCAUGCUCACGUUCUGCUCCAUCAGGAUCUCCAGCUUCCUGAAGGAGCGACAGUUUGGAAAACCCGACAAAGUCCGCAAGGCGAUGCGAGUGUGCGCCGCCAUCGUGGCGGUGUUCCUGAUCUGCUUCCUGCCCACCACGGUGACCACCAUAGGGGUGUGGGCGGUCCGCUCGUACCGCCCCUGGGACUGCUCCGCCUUCUACACCUUCACUCAGCUCACCAUCGUCUCUCUGGGGCUGAACUUCCUGAACUCAGCUCUGGACCCCAUCAUCUACAUCUUCUCCAGCUCCAUGUUCCGUAAGGCUCUGUGCAGCUCACUGCCCCGCCCCCUGCGCUGUGGUCAGGCCGCAGAAGACGCCAGCACCGUGUCCUCGUCCGGAACUCAGUCCACGACUCAACAGGAGCUGAAGUCUAUGCGAGUGAGCAGAGACAUGUGAGGACACGCUGCUUUAAACGUGUGAGCGCCCCCUACAGCUGCAGCCAGGCUGGUGUCAUCAAACCUACGUCACAUGAUCACGUCUUUAUCUCAUAUCUGUGUGUGUGUGUGUGUGUGUGUGUGUGUGUACAUAAACAUCUGUGGUCGAACAUGUUACAAAUGUUACAAUAGUGCAACUGUGUGAAUGUAAAUGUGCUUCACAGGUUCAUGAUUGACAGCUCUGAGCUGUUUCUUCCUUUCACUGUUUUUAUACAGAAUUACAUUUUUUCAGAUUUCAUUUUCUUUAUUCAUCAGCAUCUAACACACACACACACACACACGGAGCAGAAACGUUUAUGUAGAAAUGCUGACAUCUAGUGGUGACAAAUGUCUUUGUUUGCCACUUUUAUUUAAACCU